CGUUAUCCUUUAAGCCUCCUUCAGCUAACACAACAACAUUUUUUGCACUUAAUGACGCUUAAUUUCAUUUCUCAUCGGGUCCUUGGGGGGAUUAUUCAGUGAUAUAAAACAAUCUGCAGCUGAUGCCAGCCUAAAGUCUCCCUCCUAUGAGUGAAGUCAUCUAUUAUUGAGCGAAAGGCCGUGCGUGGAAAUAUGUGUAAGACGGUGGAUUUGAAGUAGAAUUGGUUGCAAUCGAUCAAGGGUGAAGAAUAUUGCUGAUGGUAACAAAAGAAGCAGCUAUGUCUUUCUCGCAGUUUGGAUACCCUUACAAUGCAACUUCACAGUUUUUCGUGUCGGCAAACCCCAGUACGACUUGCUGCGAUUCGAUUUCCAGGUCGGUCUCUGACGGGACAGGCGGCUCCCAGACAGCCGCUGCUGCCGCCGCUGCUGCCUCCUUCUGCUGCCCGUCCUACGAAAACCGGCUCCUGGCGAGCAGCCGGACGGAGCUGAACGCAGCGCUGGGGAUGUACAGCUCUCCCUAUGCCGCAGCGGCCGCCGCCAGCCAGAACUACGCCAACUACUUCCCCUACAGCACCGACCCAUCCACUAUCUACUCCACUCUGAAUCCGCAGUAUGACAUUAAGGACAGCACAGGCACUUUACACUCUGGCCUCAGUCAAACCACCACGUACUACCCUUAUGAUCAUUCACUGGGACAGUAUCCGUAUGACAGAUAUGGGACAGUAGACUUCAGUGGUACAGCCAGGAGAAAGAAUGCAACUCGUGAAACCACCAGCACACUGAAAACAUGGUUGUAUGAGCACCGCAAGAACCCCUACCCCACCAAAGGAGAAAAGAUCAUGCUGGCUAUCAUCACCAAAAUGACCCUCACCCAAGUGUCCACCUGGUUUGCCAAUGCCAGGAGGAGGCUAAAGAAGGAGAACAAGAUGACCUGGUCACCAAAGAAUAAAGCCAGCGAUGACAGGAAGGAUGACCUUAACAAGAGCGACCAAGACUGUGUAACCAAAGAGUCUAAUGACUGCAAAGAGGAAAAAGAUCUGCAUCUGAGUGAUCUGGAGGACAUGGAUGAGGACGACUGUGACAAGCUGGACAGUGAUUGUGAAAAAGUGGUUGCAGAUGAGCAGGACCUCCAGAGGGCUAUGGCAGUAUCAGGGCCCCCACAAAAAAGAGACUGCAGCUCUGAGCUGCACAUGAGUUUAACUAACAACUUCCACACGUUUCCCUGUGCCAUUAAAAGUGUCACCACCCUCCCACCUCUCCCAUCUGACCUUCUGGAUCCUGUAGUGUCCAAGGCACCUUCACUGACCAGCCCUGCAGCAGGAACCGUGUCCCUGUCUCACUUUGAAGCAUCAGACAAACCGCGGAUUUGGUCUUUGGCUCGUACGGCGGUUUCAGGGGUCAUACUGAGUCCCCAGCAGCAUAGCUCUGAGCUGAGGACAGGUAACUCAACUGGGGAUUGCCAGCUCCAGAGUACCAGGCUUCCCGGGGCUCCUGCUAGACACUGUGGAGGCAUGAGAAGCUUCCAUGAAGCCGGCGGAGUCACAGCUGCUGAAAGCCCCCUCUACGGCACUGGCAGCUAUAGUCACAAAGGCCUCCAACUGCACUGUCCAUCCUAUGCUGCACUCCCAGACACAUGUCAAUACUCCACAAUUGAAGGAUUGUCUGGUGGUAAAGCAGAGACACGGUCCUCUGACCUCAGUGAAAACUGUGGGCUACUGCAAGAUGACAAGGUCACUGCGUUCAGACCUGUGAUGAAGAGGUGAAACAGAACGCUGGGGACUGCACCAGAUAAAUAAUGGGACAUUAAUUAUGCACUGAAGGACAUAAUGGCCGAGUAGCGGCCUCAAUGUGAUACACGGGAACUACCUGGCGCUGUUGCAAUGAGAGCGGUCAAACUGUGGACGUGACUAUCAUUUUGCACACUGUUUUUAUUAUUUUAAGACUUUAUGCAAAAAUUCUAGAUGCAAAAGUAUCAGAAUGGCCGUCUAAAAACGGCCGACUUUGUGUAUGGCAAUCGUGCAGUGAAACAAACGUAUUUAUUUCACAAUGUAUUUAUUAUUUUGUUAUGUUUGUUUAUUAGUUGAUGUGCUUAUUGGUUGAAUUUGUAUUUCCUGUGUGUGUUUUGUCACAUGUUGCGUUUUACUGUGGUUUCGUGUCAUGUUGCUCGAUGUAAGAGAGAAACGCUUGUUGGACGUACAGUAAAGUGGACUACAAACGGACUACAUCUCCCUAUGUUGCGCGUGGACCGGGACAUUUUUGUCACUGUGUCAAAAUGUGAGCUUCUUCUUUGUUUGACAUCCACGAAAUGUUUUCUAACAAUACAUUUUUACCAAUAGCUUUCGUUUUCUGUGUCAUGGUUAUUUGUAGAGCUGAACGUCCACGGACGUAUGUUUGAUCAAAGUUGAUCAUCUUGACAACAUGAAGC